AUGCCGUUCUCAGUUGAGUUGGAUAGGUUUGAGGCCCCAAAAAGGUUCCAUAUGUCGAGAUUCCAGAUUUAUGACAAUAAGUCCGAUCUGAACUUUCACGUCAGCUUAUAUCUAAAUUUGAUGGCUUUAUAUACCGGGAAUGAACCAUUGCUAUGCAAGGUGUUCCCUUUGUCUUUUGGGGAAAUCGCUUCGGAUUGGUUUCAUAAGUUGCCAAAAAGAACUGUGAAGAGUUGGGGAGUCCUGACAGAGAUGUUUGUGGUCAGGUUUGGGACAAACAAGUUGCAACCACUAAGGGUAGACUCCCUAAUGGCUCAGAAAAUUAGCGAGGGUGAAGGCCUUAGGGCUUAUGCUAAGAGGUAUUAUGAGGUGUUCAACCGAAUACCGGGAUGUAACCAAGAGCUAGCGGUCGUGUCUUUUAAGAAUGGCAUGGAGGAUGAUUGCACGCUUCGGAAGUUGCUCGCAAAGACUCUACCAAAAAGUAUGGAGGAGCUCAUGGCAAGGAUUGAGAAAUAA